AUGGCCCAUGCCGGGCCCCAGGCCCUCCUCCAAGACGUCAUCGCCUCGCUCGCCCUCCCUGCCGAGGACUGGGAGCGCCGCGUGGCGGGGCUGAGGCAGCUGGCCAGCCUCGCUCCGCUCCUGGCCGCCCUGCCCGAUGCAGCCGAGAUCCUGGACAGGAGGUCUGCCGUGGCGCGGGAGGCCCUGGAGAGCACCGCCCACCUGGCCACCAGCUGCGGCCGGGCGGCGGAGCAGCUGGCGGUGCAGCUCUACCCCGCGCUCAUGGCCGCGCUGGCGACCACCAUGGGCGUGGUGUGCGAGGCGGCCGAGGCCGCCUCGCGCGCGCUGCUGGCCCACGCGCCCUCCCGCGCGCUCCUGUGCCUGGUCUGUGCCACCGCCGCGCGCGACCGCAACGCCCGCCUGCGCGGCGCGGCGGCGCGGCACGCGCUGCGCGCGCUGUGCGACUGGGACGGCUCCCUGCUGGAGCGAGGCGCGGAGGCAGCGCAGGCGGCGGCCGCCGCCGCCGUCGUGGACGCCAGCGCCGAGGUCCGGGCGGCGGGUAAGGAGGUGUGGGCCGCCUGCGCCGCCCGCUGGCCGGACUGGGCGGCGGGGGAGGUGGCCGACGCGGGGCGGCGGGACGCGGGGCUGUGCGAGCGCCUGUCCCAGCUGCUCCCCCGGCCCGACCCCGAGCCCGAGGAGGUGGGCCGGCGGCGCGUCGGGCUCACAUUGCGCCGGGCCGACCCGGGCGUUGGCAGCGCAGGCCUGAGGCACGACGCAGUGGGCCCAGGCAGGGCCGCCGUCCGCCUGAUCGAUCCGGCCCCGCUCGGAGGGCAGGCCGCCCCGACCCCCUACGCUGGCCUGCGGCGAGGCGCCCCGCCCUUGUUGGGCCCCACAGACUCGGAGAACGUCGACGCCAAUACCGGACCCAAUCGGCAGGGGGGCCUGUUGGCCCCGUGUGCCAAAGGAUCUGAGGCAAUCUGCAAGCCCGCCAGGGACUCUGAGCAGGAGGCCCCCGCCCCACCCCCCAGGGGCAGCCGCCCGCACGAUGCGGCGUGCCUCCCGGCGCCGCCGCCGAGCGCGGCCGCACGCCUGGGCCGCAGCAGGAAGUCGAUCGGGGGGGCGGCGCUGCGUGUGGCCCUGGCCAACAGGGCUUGCUCCCUGGAACGCGCAGCUGCGGAGGAGGGCGAGGCCCUGGCCGACCCCGGCGUGGCUUCUCAAGCCAUGGCCCAGCAGGCAGACGGCAGCGCCGACCCCCAGGAGCCAGCAUCGAGCCUCGAAUGCCUGGCCCGGGAGCUGCGCCCGCGCGACGACGGGGGCGGCGAGGCGCCCUGCCUGCGCCUGCCGCGCCACCUCGGCGACCGCCUGGCGGCCGUGCUGCACGACGCCACCGCCGAGCCGCACGCCCGCGUGGCGGCCGCCGGGCUGGACUGCCUCGCCCGCGCGCUGGCUUCCCCGGGCCUUGCCGUGGCGCUGGAGGCCCACCUCGAACGCCUCGUGCCCUGCAUCUUCCUCAGGAUGGUGGACGUGAAGGAGGCCCUGCGCCAGGGCGCAGAGGCCUGCCUGGCGCCGCUGACGCGCCUGCCCGCCCCCGACGCGCUCGAAGCUGCGUCACCACCCACGGUCGUGGAAGCGGGCACCGGCGACCAGGCUGCGGCCCGGGCGGACCGGGCCACGACCGCCGCGACAGGGGCACCCAGCACCUGCCUGGCCUCUUUGCCAGCCCGAGCCAAAGCCCUAGAGACAGCGCUGAGCAAGGUGACUGCAGCCGACGCAGACAUCGCGACCAUCCUGGCUGCAGAGGCCGCCUUCUUCGCCAUGCUGGGUGAGGGAGGGGCUGGUGGAUGA